AUGACGCAGGAAGAGAGCAUCAAAUGUGAGGAGGAGGAAGAGGAACUGGGAUUUUUUUUUUUUAUUGAAAACUCAUUGCUUCUGGGAGGACAAUUAUCCACCCAUGGGGUACUUCUGAGCAAAGUGGAUGCUAUCAAAUCUCUUUCCAUUGAAAUAGGCCAUGAAGUUAGAAACCAAAACAAACUAUUAUCUGAAAUGGAUUCACAAUUUGAUUCUACAACUGGAUUUCUAGGUAAAACCAUGGGAAGACUGAAGAUUUUGUCCAGAGGAAGCCAAACAAAAUUACUAUGCUAUAUGAUGUUGUUUUCAUUGUUUGUCUUUUUUGUCAUUUAUUGGAUUAUUAAACUGAGGUGA